GAGCCAUCUCAAUAAACAUCUUUCUCAACACCACUCCACUCCUACUCCUACUUGAAAUAUAUAUACACACACACACAUACAUAUAUAUACAUACAUUAGUGGACUUAGUCCCCCGACCACCAAAUCGCCGGAAAACUUGACCAUGUUUCAAGCAAACAUGUUCGAAGCAGAAUGAAAAGCAAUCAUUUUUAUCCAUCAUUGCAUCAUGUCAGUAACAUACUCUGACUGUUUCUCCGAUUUACUUUGCGGCGAGGAUUCCGGCAUAUUGUCCGGCGAAGACCAACCGGAGAGUUCAUAUGAAUCUGAAAAUAAUUAUUAUUGUCCCGAUUUCGAUGAUUCUAUCGCUGAGUUUAUAGAACAAGAACGUAAGUUUGUUCCUGGGAUUGAUUAUGUUGAAAGAUUUCAGUCUCAUGUUCUUGAUGCUUCCGCUAGAGAAGAAUCUGUUGCAUGGAUCCUAAAGGUACAACGGUUUUAUGGUUUUCAGCCGUUGACGGCGUAUCUUGCAGUUAACUACCUCGAUCGAUUCAUCUACUGUCGUGGAUUUCCGGUGGCAAAUGGGUGGCCUUUGCAACUAUUAUCCGUGGCUUGUCUGUCUUUGGCUGCUAAAAUGGAAGAACCCCUUGUUCCUUCUAUUGUGGAUCUUCAGGUUGAAGGUGCAAAGUAUAUUUUCGAGCCAAGAACAAUCCGAAGAAUGGAGUUUCUGGUGUUAAGUGUUUUGGAUUGGAGGCUACGAUCCGUUACGCCUUUUAGCUUCAUCGGAUUUUUUGCUCACAAAAUCGAUUCAACAGGGACUUAUACCGGCUUCCUUAUCUCAAGGGCCACACAAAUCAUUCUAUCAAAUAUUCAAGAAGCUAGUUUACUUGAGUAUUGGCCAUCAUGCAUUGCUGCUGCAACUAUACUUUGUGCAGCAAGUGAUCUUUCUAAUUUCUCACUUAUCAAUGCUGAACAUGCCGAAUCAUGGUGUGAUGGCCUUAGCAAAGAGAAGAUCUCGAAAUGUUAUAGUCUAGUCCAAGGAGUGAGUCCAUUAGAAAGAUCAAAAACACAUAUACGAGUCAUGACUCGCAUGAGUACUGGAUCAGGUGACUCAUCAUCUUCAUCUUCAUCGCCAUCCUCAUCAUCUUAUAAAAGAAGGAAAUUAAAUAAUUCCUCGUGGGUAGAUGAUGACAAGAGAUCAAGCUCUAGUUAAAAGAGCUAGACUAUAAUAAUAAGCUAAAUAAAUAAAAUUGGGCUAGGAUGGGGAAAAAGAAAAAAAAAAAGUGGUUUGGUUUGGCUUCAUUCCAAGUGCUCCAAGAUUCCUAAUUAUAUUUUCAAGAGGGAUCAACAAAUAUAUAUUCUUAAAAAAAAUACUUAACUAAGAGUGAUUUUAUUAAUUUAUUUUAGUAGGUGGGCAAAUGUCAUAAAUCAUGAAUAUGGCUUUUUUGCUUAUUCCCUAGGGAAAGGGGAGUUUGGUACAUAGUAUUUUGGUGUGUGAGAAAUUAAAAAAAAAAAAGACUGUUUAUUACAAAGUGGGAGAGCCAGCCGUUGGUGUGAAAGUUAAGUGGGAAGUGUGAUUGAUGAAUUCAAAGGUGGCAUUCAUUGUUAAAUGCAUCAAAAUGAGGGGAGGAGCGUAUGUGGGUCCCUUUUUAAAUAAAGUUUGAUAUAUAUGUGUAUAUAUUAUAUCAUCUUAGAUAUCUACUUAUCUAGAAGUUUAAUUUAGAAGUGUGUUUGGACUUUGGAAACAACAAAAGUUUGUUAAGACAGUACCUAUGUGAUUAUCUACGAGCUAUAUAUGUUUGAAGAGUGAUCAAGAAAGAUCGAUCGACCAUGGUACUAAAUCUUGUAAGACAUGAAGAUCGCGAUGAAAUUCGUCGUAUUGUAUGAAGAGUUUGUGAUCGAUUCGAGCCAGAAAUGUAUAGUGGUGGAAAAAGUUAUAAAGAUUGAAGCUAAAAUAAAGGUCAAAAAGAGGAGAUAAACAAUCAACCAUGGAAGGCUCCCCAUUUUUUUUUAUCUUGAGAUUUAAUUUAAUUUAAUUUUUGCAUAAAAAAAAAUAUAGAGAGAUUUGAUUUUUGAGAGUGGUUUUGAGAGGACACAUACUUUGAGUGGUAAGAAUGUCUUCUCACACGUGUGCAUGUGUGGUUUUUUUUUUGGCGGGAAAUAUUUGGACAUCUUUCCAACGUUAUUAGUCCCUAAUUAACUUACAAAAUAGGGACAAUUUUCUUUUCUUACUUUUGUUAGGAGUGAUAUUCACACGUGUGAUGGUGACACGUGUUUUUUUUUAAAAUGUAAAAGGGGGUAAAAAUAUCCCUUUCUAAUGGUCUGAUUUUGGCCUAACCAUACCAAAGGUCUUUGGGGCCUUGUCUUUAGAUUUUUUAAUUUUUUUUGGUUUUUUUAAGCGUGUUUGUAUUGGUCAUGUGGAAUAUUCACGAAAUUAUAUAAUUUCAACAUGUUCCCUCUUUUCUGUA